AUGUCCGCCACCGAAGUCGACCAUACUUUGGCAACACCUACCAGUCCAUCACUAGAUGACGAUAACAAUCAACCAAUUGCUGCAAAACGUGUGUCCAGUCCUGAACCUGAAAGCAAUGAAGAACAUGAAGAAGUGCAGCAAAAUGGCAGCAAAGAUACGGCUGACGACUUCAUUCGUUAUGAGGAAAGAAAACUUAUUGAUCGUUUGAGUCAAAUGAUGGACAAAGAGUUUUCCACACAUACCGGUGCUGAAAGUCGAUGGAAAAAUGGAGAAAAUGAAUCAGAACAGCAUGUGGUGGUCGCAGAGACUCAUGAAGACAAACAUGCAAAGCCAAACGAUGAUCAUAACGAAAACCACACAAAUGGAUCAGUUGAUGACUUUUUAACACAAGAAGAAGGCAAUAAUCAGGAGCAGGACUCAGAAAAAGAUGACGAACACAAACCUCACAGAUUUGCGCCGUCAGAUGACGAGUAUGCGGAUCAGAGACACAGUGUUAUCAAUGAAAUUCAGAGUAUACUUACCAGUAAUCCUGAAAUUCACGAAAACAUCAGAGAUAAUGAAACCACUGAAACCACUACCCAUGAAACCCAUGUGAAACACGAGAAACACGAGGAUAAUCACGAAAAUCAUAUUCCGAUUGUCGUUCAUUCAGAGGAAAAGCAUGAAUUGGUUGAUGAUAAUCAUGAAGUUGACAUUGAGACAGAUAUUACGGUCGGAUCAGCUGUUAUUCAAGAAGAGAUCAAUCAUUACACUGAAGAUCCGGUUGAAAAUCGCAAUCAACGCGACAAUCACUUUGAGAUCGGAACCUAUGGGGCAACCAAUGGAGACAAGAAUAACAAUACUAAACAUUUGAACGACGAGGAAGAGGAAGAUGAGGAUGAGUUCAAAGAGAUGGCCGGCUUUAAGAGCACUCUGAAGAAGUGGUCGUCACACGGAAAGGGAGAUUCAAAUAACAACACCAACAACAACAACAAUAUGGAUGGAUCACAAAUGUCGAGCGCAGAUAAGUUUAAGACAUUAAAACAAAUUAAAAGAGGAAACACUAGGAGUCUGAUGGAGAGAUUUCAAAUACCAAAAUAA